AUGGCGUCAAUUCACAACAUUGUCCGUGCAAAGUUGAACUUGCUUCCCAAUGGCUUGAAGCAGCUUCACGGCUACACUCCAGGAGCCUCGAAAACACAGCCACUCACGCUACGCCCUUUCCGCGAGGAUGACCUCGAUGACUUCUAUGGAUGGGCGGGAGACGAUGCAGUCACCUGCUUUAUGACAUGGGAAACCUUUCCCAACAUAGAAAGCGUGAGGCAAUUUCUGAUGACAGUUAUAAUCCCUCACCCCUGGUUCAGGGCCAUCUGCAUUAAUGACAAGGCCGUGGGUCACGUUCUGCUCAAACAAGGCGCUGGAAGUCAUAGCUGCCGUGCUGAGCUGGGCUACGCUGUGAGCAGAAACUACUGGGGCGUGGGCAUUGCUACUGAAGCUGUCAUGCGGGCUGUUCAGGCCGGGUUUUCCGAGCUUCCAGGACUGAGACGCAUUCAAGCCAUAGUGCUACCUGAGAAUCUGCCUUCGCAGAAGGUGGUCGAAAAGGCUGGGUUUACUAGAGAGUGCCUGCUUCGACGCUAUAUCAAGAUUCGUGAGAACGUCCGAGACUGUAUUCUUUACAGUUAUGUUUUACCUGCUGCUUCCUCUUCUUAA